AUGGUGAAGACGAAGAUAGAGACGGUCGACGAGCUCGUCGACGAGACGCUUAGCGAUGGCAAUAGUGACGGCAGUGACGACAGUGACGGCAGUGACGACAGCCACGUUUUGACCGACGAGGAGCUGAUUGGCGCCUCUCUGCUCAACACCCGGACCUCAGAGCCAUUCGCAUCCAAUUACACGCUCGAUCCUGAAUGCAAAGCCUCCAUACAUGUCCCCGACGUCGGUUUGAUCGAUAUGCCUCUCAAAGAAUCGCAGGCCCGCCAAUUGAUUGCAAAAGCGCAUCCCCCGGCGCCGCAUGGCCACGGAGGCGAUAUCACCACUGACACUUCUGCUGGGAAGAUAUGGGAGCUGGAUCUAAACCAAUUCGGCUUUGGGGCAGGGUGGCCAGUACUCCUGUAUCACGUAUGCCGCGUCGUCAACCCGCCGAAUUCUUGGCGGCCCCCAGUCCAGGUCGAGGUUGAGAAGAUGGUCAUAUCGAAAAGGGCGCCACGUACAAGACACACACUGAAUCGAGACUACCUCUCAGCCAACGGUCAAUAUUGCCUACGAGACCAAGACUUGGGCCGAGCCCAGCUUCUGAGAGCGGCGUGCAGCGAGCUGCCCAUCGAGGUCUUUGUUGGAUCGUUUGAGGGGAAGGCUAAGCCACGCGGCGAGGAUGUCUACAGAAUAAAAACCCUGGUCGACCUUGAUGAUCACAUGGUGGCGCGAGAUCUCACAUUUGACGAGAAGCACAUUCUUGACCCGGACAGUUUCGGCGAGGUCAAGGGCAAGGGUGUAAAAGACAAAGACGUGUGUCGGUAUAGUGCCUUCCUCUCCCCUUCGGAUGGCACGAUGUCACUAACCCCCGAGACUCAGUUCAUCGCCCUGGUCCCCCAUGACGUAUUGGCCUCAUUCCUAAAGUGUGAUGGCGAGAUACCGCCCGGCACCCUUGAGCCACUCAUGGCAUUCUUUGCCAGGUCGUCCAUGCGCCCCGGAGCCUCAAAGUGUGUGCUCGAUACCUUGCUGCAUCUCUCCAGACAGCUAGAAUUUAUAGAAGCAAUAUCUGGCAAAACCUUGGCGCUCUGCCUCAAGGCCUUUGUUCAGUUUGGAGAGUUUGAGUAUUUCAGAGCGGCUGUUAUGCACCACCAGAGCACAUUACCAUUAUCCUUCUUUGAAUGGCUGCGAGGCUGGAUAGUGGCUAGCCCUGACAAGGCCCUUGAGCGAUUCAUGAACAUUCGGCAAGGGGCAUCACUCGCCAUCUCAUCGUGCGAAUCUCCGACCAACCAGUUCAAGUUCAUAACCCGAUUGGUACCUCCCCCCUCAAGAGACUUGGCUGGUGAAGUCGAAACACCAAAACUCGUGCUUGGCUGGGCUCGAGAAAUGAUCCGCUCCUGCCUGGACAGCAUGGGGUCGGGUAACCUUGGCCAAGAAGCGGGAUCGCUCAUUGCAGACCUUUCACUAUAUUUCAGCGAUCCGGCCGCCUUCCUGACGGAGGCCGCCUUGCCCAAGUUCAGGGGCAUGUCCAACCCACUCCCGUUCCAUCUCAGGUUCUUGGACCAAUUGAGGAACCUGAUCGUCAAGGAGGGGCUGCCCGAGAGGGAAUACUCGCAUCUAUUCAAGGAAACGUUCCGUUGGCUCAUUGAAACGGCAGAUUUCGCCCAGUUGUCCGGCCAGGUGUCUGGCGAAAAGUCAAAAGCCGUCAACCAAGAUCAGCUUGGAUACAAGGUCAAAGAUGUGAGGAUUACCAACUUUCUCGUCCGCCUCAUCAAGAGUAGCACCAAGCCGGAUGACCUCGUGUCUCUAUUCGCUUCCAAAAUCGUCGCCGAUGCUCCACGGUUUCGAGCCACUGAGCUCGCGACAUUGUGGAUGCCCUUGCUUUGCGAAGUCCCUGGCAAACUCAUCGAAAAUAAGAUACCCCUCAACACGCCCUGUUACCAACAGUUGUGCUCUGCCUUGUUCAAAUCUCUCCUCGACAACUUGGUUGGCCCCGAGCCUGUCGAUACUGAAAGCCAGGCGCGAGGCAGCGUAAGUUGUGGCUGCGUCUACUGCACGCAACUGAACGAGUUCCUUGCCGAUUCAUCACAAAGCGUCGGUACUCUUCCUAUAGCCAGGACAGAACGAGAGCACCUAAAAGACGGGAUCAAGUCAGCAGGCGUCGACUGCAAGUGCGAGGCAGUGCCGGGGGACAGCCCUUGCACGCUCAUGACCAAGGCGCCGUCUCCGCAGCAUGUCGAGAACCGUAAGGCCUGGGUUAGUCGGCAGGAGACUGCCUACAACCUACUGAGGAAGAUGGAAAAGAGUCAUCUCGAACAACUACUCGGUCCUGAUCACUCACUAUUCCUCGGCCUAGAGCGGACGGUACAUCCGCCAGCGACGCCACAACCCGGCGCUGGGAUGAAGCGGAAGGUGUCGGAUACUGACAUUGUCGACUUGGGUGGUGAGAAGAAGAAGAACUUGAAGAUAACUAGCUUUUUCACCAAGAAGUGA